AUGCAAGACAAUGAAAAUGGAUCAGCGCUUUUUUAUUCAAAAAUCAAUUUUGGUAAAGCUUAUUUACAAACAGUUCACCCUCCAUUUGAAAUUAUUUCAUUUCUAUUUUGCUAUAAUGUUGUAAGUGUUUUAUUAUUUAUCGGUCUUCUAGUUUGGAAACAGAUUAAUUUGUUACAACACUUUACUGGUUUUAUUAUCCUAUUGCCAAUAGCAAUCAUUACUGAUUGCUUGCUUUAUUUGAUUAUAAAACAUCCAAACUUGAUUGAAUUUCUUUAUCGAUAUCCGAAAUACCGCUAUUUUUCUGUAUGGUGCACACUUCAUAUAUUCGUAGCAAAACUUGUGUUUUUUCGAACAAUUCCUCAUUCGCUAAUGUUAUGUUAUUCUUUAUUUUUGAACAAAAAAGAUGAGGAAAGGAAAUAUUAUUUAUGUGGCUGUAGAAUUACAAGAACAAAAAUUAGCUUUUUUAUCAUUUUUCUGAUAUUUUUUGUCGAUUUUUUGAGAGUCCUCGCACUAUUUUCGGCAAUCCUAAAACAGACGCCGCCUUCAAAAAUCAAUUUUCAAGAUGCAUAUCUUUCUGCCCAUUUGUUGUUACCAGACGGGCGUGUUAUACAUUUCGAUCUUCUCAGAAUCCUUAUAAUUUCUCUAGUGAUGCUAAAUAUUCUUAAGAAAAUUUGUUCGCACCCGACAGGAAAAUUGUUCGAAACUUCGGAGUACCUGUACAUUGUUCACAUACUCGUUUACUUGUGGAUUGUCUUUAUUUGCACAGUGGCAUACAUGACUUUAUUUUAUUUUGAAGUUUUAGAAGGGCCUGAAAACGUGAUUGCAUUUCAAGAUUCAACAAUUUUACACUACUCUUUUGUCUACCCUAUUUAUUUCACAAUUUGGAAGCAGAAAAAACAAAUUACAGAUAGAAAAUCAAUUACUCCAAUUAAUUAA